AUGCUUUUCUUUUUUUGUAAUUCUGUUUCAACAUUUAUUGCUUUUAUCUUUUUAAUCUGUAUUUUCUUCUAUUUCCUUCCUUCUUUCCUUUUCUCUUCUACUCAUCAUAUCUUCCUUCCUCUGCCUUUCUUUCUUGUCUUCCAUUCUUCCAAUCAUUAUUCCCUUUUACUUUUUUCGUUCGUUCGUUCCAACCUUCCUUCCUUCCAUCGUUUCAGCCACCCUUUGUUUUUCCACACUUUCUUCCUCCCUUUCGUCGUUUCUUUCACCCCUCCUUCCAGCCUUAGUUUCUUUCACGCUUCCUUCCUCCUUUCCUUUUACCCGUCCUUCCUCCUUUUCUUUUACCUUUCCUUUUACCUUCCUUCCCCCUGUUUUUACCUUCCCUGCCCCUUUUUUACCUUUCUUCCCCCUUUCCUUUUAUCUUUCCUUCCCCCUUUCCUUUUACCUUUCCUCCCCCCUUCCUGUUACCUUUCCUUCCCCCUUCCCUUUACAUUUCCUCCCCUUUUUCUUUUUACAUUUCCUCUCCCUUUUCUUUUUACCUUUCCUUCCCCCUUUCCUUUUUACCUUUCCUUCCCCCUUUCCUUUUACCCUUCCUUCCUCCUUCCAUUUUUCUUUGCUUCCUUCCUUCCUGCUUUACUUUUGUACUUUCUUCUUCCCGCUAUUUCCUUCCACACUUUUUUCCUUCCUUCUUUUUUUAUUUGUUAUUCGAAUGUCGAGAGGAAAAUCUUUCCCAAAUUUCUCGAAAUGCACAAUCUCUUACGGCCUCUAGUUUUUUUUUUUUUUUUUUUUUCUCACGUGAAGCAAAUAAAUUGA